AUGAUCGGAAUAGCUAUGGCCGCUAUAAUGCAGCCGCUAGCAGUGGGGCUUUCUAACUACCCGAAUUUCACUUCAAAGUGCCUGGAAUUCAAUCCUCUCAACUACGUCACAAAUUCGGCCAUUAUUACCCUCGAGCCAGUUGCUAAAGGGUCUACGAUAUUCUAUCCAAAUGACGACGUAACAUGCAAUCGACCAAAUCAAACGGUAUCCGUUGAUAUUUGUCGCAUUGCUCUCAAUAUCAGCACGUCAAGUAGGUCUCAUGUUUUAGCUGAGUUGUGGCUUCCAGAAGCUUGGGAUGGCCGGUUCCUUGCUACGGGGAAUGGAGGUCUUGAUGGAUGUACCAAGUACGAAGAUAUCAAUUACGGAGCCAAGUAUGGAUUUGCUUCUAUAGGAUCUAACAACGGGCAUUCUGGUACAUCAGGUGUCUCGUUCCUACACAAUAAUGAUGUCCUUGAAGACUACGCAUACCGCUCUCUUCACGCUAUCACGAAGAUGGGAAAGUCGCUGACAUCAGCCUUUUACAGCAAAACUAUUCUCAAGUCCUACUACCUUGGCUGUUCCGGUGGCGGUCGUCAGGGUCUGAAAGCCGCAGAAAAAUACCCCAGGGAUUUUGAUGGCAUUGUGAUCGGAGCUCCAGCUCUGAACUUCAAUUACUUGAGUUCCUGGCGUAUGUCGUUUCUCAACAAAACUGGCUCUAUAGGAUCGCUUGACUUCAUUCGACCACAGGUCUGGAAAGGGUUGAUACACGAUGAAGUGCUUCGGCAAUGUGAUGGUAUUGACGGUAUUGAGGAUGGAAUACUCGAAGACCCACGAAAAUGCCAUUUUGAUCCUGAACCACUUCUCUGUAACGGCACCGGAACCAAUUGUCUAAGUCCAGGGCAAGUGCAAAUAGUCAAAUCCAUCUUCGAACCUCUUAUCGAUAUGACAGGUAUAACAGUUUAUCAAGCCAUGCAACCCGGAAGCGAAAUCCUAGCAGCAGACCGUCUAUACGCAGGUCUCCCAUUCCCAUAUUCUCUAGAAUGGUUCCGUUACGUUGUCCAUCAAGACCCAGCUUGGGAUCCUCAGAACUUCAGCGACGUAGACAUAAUCCUUGCCCAAGAUCUCAAUCCGUUCAACAUAAUGACCUACCCUCGCGACCUUGACUCGUUCCGCCAGAAAAGUGGCAAAAUGCUGAUUUACCACGGUCUCCAAGAUAACCAAAUUACGAGCUACACAACUGAUGCCUUUCUGCGACACCUAACUACUAACGCUCCAAUCUCAGUUCUCGAUAAUUAUAUUCGAUAUUUUAGAAUCUCCGGGAUGGCACAUUGUAACUCUGGACCCGGCGCUUGGAUGAUAGGUCAAUCUUCUCUCGGUGAUGUUGGAUGGGGCAGGGAAGAGAAUGUGCUUGCGGCUAUGGUGGAUUGGGUGGAGAGAGAUGAAGCUCCAGAGACAAUUCAAGGCGUUAAGUUCAUUGAUGAUGUGAAAGGUAAUAUGGUUCUAAGGCGCAGACGACACUGUAGAUGGCCAUAUGAAAACAGUUAUAUCGGGAUUGAAGGUGGGAAUGGGAGAUCAUGGGACGAUUGGAAGUGUGUACUACAAUCAGUCUAG